UUUGAAGAAGGCAUAAACCAUACUCAGCAUUUUAACUUCAUCUCAUUUUCUUUACAGGAAGUCGGAAGCAUAAUCGGCAAGAAGGGAGAAAUCGUGAAGCGUUUCAGAGAGGAGUCUGGAGCAAAAAUCAACAUAUCGGAUGGAUCAUGUCCCGAGCGCAUUGUGACUGUAUCAGGAUCGACUAGUGCUAUCUACAAGGCAUUUACAUUAAUCAUAAAGAAAUUUGAAGAAUGGUGUUCCCAAUUUAAUGACGUCAGCACAUCAAAUGGCAAAACACAAAUUCCACUCCGCUUAAUUGUUCCAGCAAGUCAGUGUGGAUCUUUAAUUGGAAAAGGAGGUUCAAAAAUUAAGGAGAUUCGAGAGAUGACCGGAUGUUCGAUUCAGGUGGCGAGCGAAAUGUUGCCAAAUUCAACGGAACGUGCCGUAACAUUAACGGGUACAUCAGACUCAAUCACCCAAUGCAUCCAUCAGAUAUGCUGUGUAAUGUUGGAAUCACCUCCCAAGGGCGCAACAAUACCAUACCGGCCAAAGCCGCAAGUUAAUGGCCCGGUUAUUCUUGCCAAUGGUCAAGCAUACACAAUACAAGGAAACUUUGCUGUACCAACACAAGAGACUUGCACAGUAUUUCCACUAUUUUCUGGCCUUCACGCGGGCAUUACGGGUCUGACUGAUCCUUUACUGAAAGGAUCUCACUUGCAAGGCGCAGUGCCUCCACAUCACUUUCAACAACUUCCUGAUAUGUCUGGACUGGCAAAGAAUCCGUUAGCGGGACUGGCUGCAUUGGGGUUAGCUGGCGCUAUUCCGUCAAAUACUGGCGGAUUGAACCCAACAGCACUUGCCGCUCUUGCUGGUUCACAAUUGCGCACGACUACGAGUCGAACACAGACAAACGCGCAGCAACAUGAAAUGACUGUGCCAAAUGAUUUGAUCGGUUGCAUAAUUGGAAAAGGCGGCACUAAGAUUGCUGAGAUUCGUCAAAUAUCUGGAGCAAUGAUUCGAAUUUCAAAUUGUGAGGAACGUGAAGGUGGCAAUACUGAUCGAACAAUCACUAUCAGCGGAAAUCCCGAUGCAGUUGCACUCGCUCAAUAUUUAAUCAACAUGAGCGUCGAACUGCAAAAGGCUAAUCUGAUACAGGAACAAUCUGGAAAUGGUGCCACAAAUGGAACAACGACAACUGCAACAAAUAAUGGUAGUGUCAAUGUUACACCGACACCAGCUAAUUUAACGAGUGUUGCAAACGCAACUGGGGCAACAUCUACUGAUGCUGCAACAUCUGCAGCUGCUUUAGCGUCAGCAAUUCCACUGGCUCAAUUACUCUCUAAACCAGGUGCAUUAAAUGCACUCACGAGUCUAACGGCACUCGGUGGUUUGACUGACUUAUUGGGUGGCUUGACGAAUCUCGGUCCGCCUGUUCAAACGACAGGCGUUCACCGUGCUAAAGCCUUCAAUGCAAGAGCACGUCCUUCUACCAGUGCUGCCAGUAACGACUUAAAUAAGUUGGCAAAAGAGCGUAGCAAGUUUAAUCCUUAUUAGAGUAAAAAUGUAGCGCCAAACUUUUAAAUUCGCGAUGGAGAAGAAAAAUAAGUAGAAAAGCAUGGAAAAGUGGAAAAUUAUUUUUCAUUAUUUUCGCUCCCUCGUCCUUUUACUAGAAAAGUUUUUUGAUAGUUUCCUCUCUUUUCCCGUAAAUCUUAUCAUUUUUUUCGUCUUUUUUCUCCCCUUUUGGUGUUUUUCUUCAUAAAACUGCUAGCGAAAAAGUUUCGCUGUUAAUAAUGAAUUUUUUUUUGUUAGUUUAGUAUCUUAAAAGUCUUGCUAAAAGUGAAAAUUACUUUGAACUUAUACAUAUUUUCCCCCCAACCCAUUUUCUUUCAUUAAAUCGAAGAAUCUGCUAAUCAAAUGAGGAAACUUUUUCAGUCAACUUUUUUUAUAAUCUUUGAUAUCUUCUCAGCUUUAUAUCACUGAAAAUGUUGGCAUUAAUUUCCUUAUUAACAGGAAGAAAAAAAUUGUGUACUCUGAAUUAAUCAAUCGCGCAUUAAGAAUUUUUUUUACUAAUGUAACAUAAAAUGAAAGUUUUGUCGUGUAAAUCGUGAUAAGGCUUUUGAAUUUUAGAUGUUUAACGAAAAUGAUAUUUACGAUUAUAUUUUCGUUGUUUAAGAAAAAUGAGAUAAAACCCGCUGACAUUUUUCUGUACCUCUAAAAUUCCUUUUAAAUAUUUUUGUAACAGAAAAAAUCUUAGGGGAAGAUUCAAAUAUUUUGUGACGAAUUUAUGAAAUGUAACAUUUAUUCUUCAUUUAAUCAAUCAUAAUUAAUACAAAUAUCUGCUAAUGUUGAAUGGGUAAUUCUCAAAGUGACAAAAAGUAUUCGUGACAAAUCUUUUGAAUCUUCCCCACUUUCGGCUUUAAUAAAAAAUGAUACAAACAAGUGGAAAAUUAAAGACAAUUAUUUUGAUUAUCAAAUGCCGUGAUCUGAGAAUAAGUUUAGACAGAUAUCAGGAAAAUCUUUUUUCUUUAUGAUUUAUAUGAUAAGAUUUAAGUUUGAACAGAAAGAAGAAAAGAAGAAGAAAAAAAAAACAAUGAAAUAAAAUUAAAUAUAUUUGAUUAAGUGAGUGAGAAAUCAGCCAUUUGACUUGCUUGAUCUACACUCAUUAAUAUUCUGUCGAAAAAAGAAAAGAAAAGAUUUGAUUUUAAUCAUUUAUUUCGCAUAAAUACCAAAGGUCUAACUAAUCGAUUUAACACACUUGGAUGGCUGAUUUCAAUCUCAUGUCACCACGUAGUUGGUGCUUUAUUCAUAGUUAAUUUUCAAUGUUCUCUUUGUUCUCUCAUUUCAUCUUUUUCUAUUAUGAUUAUUUGAUUUUAUUAAUGAUGAAGUAAAUGUAAGCACAAUUUAUAUUGAUUGUAAUUUAAUUAGAAAUCAUUUUACAAAGUAAAGAGAGAUCAUUUGUAUCGAAAUAAAGAAAUGAAAGCUAAGAGGGGAGAGAGAAAGAGAGAUGUCGAUCGAUUUCAUUUAAGAGAAAAUGAUAUGCUUUGAUAUGUCCAUUAUACAUCAAAAACACAUGCAUUCAUCAUUUGACUGAUGAGGAAUCAAUGGCACAACAAGAUAAUGUAAUUUUUCAUCAUAAUUUAUUGAUAUUAAUUGGCGGAAAUUGACAAGUUAAUUAAUGGAGAAAAGGCUGAAUAUUUCAUGAGGAAGAAUGUUUUUCAGCUGAUAAUUUCAUUAGUUUGCUGUGAAAAAGCAGAGGCAAGCACUUUACGCUUUUCAAAAGCUCAUUUUUUAUGCUACAAUUUUUCGUGGUCACUGCAAAAUAUUUUUCCAUGAUUUUAACCCCUUUUUCCACUGUAAGGCGAUCGACUGAGUUUCUACAAUGAUGGAGGGAAGAAAGAAUAAAGCAAAAGUAAAUUCUUUAUGGUUUCAGUCAUUUAAAAUUUCUGCUUUGUUGUCAAUUUAUAUUUUUCUGGCUUCGCUUUUGUAGAAAACUCAAUUACAGCAGCCAUGAUAUGACUCGAACAAGUACCAAAGGACGAGUUUUUCUCUUUUUUUUGCACUUUACGAUGUCAUAGUAUGACAUAAUUAAUUUGUUCAAGUGCCGGAUGUUUCAUUCAAUAACUUCUCUCUUUCUCGCUUUCUUAUUUUUUCAAUUCUGUUAACGAUGUAAAAAAUGCUUUUUUCACGAUUUUGAAUAACUUGUGAAGAAGAAAAAGAAAUAAGUAAGUGAAUGAAUGAAAACUGCAUAAUGAAAUGAUAAUUCAACAAAUGAGCUUAACAUAAAAAGUUUCUCAUACUUUCUUGAUAGCAGAAGUGAAGAGAACAAAUUUUUGUUAAAUAUUGAGAAUAAAAAUAGUGGAAUUGAAGUUGAAUUUGAAAAAGAAAUUGGUUUAAGCUAUUUGCUAUUGAGGAAAAACUCUAUUUUAUUUUCCUUUUUAAAAGAAAUCUUUUCAUUUCAUUAGUUGAUAAGUCGAAAAGUAGUCGAUAGUUUAAAAUCAGUUAUGACAUAAGAUGAGCUAGACUUUUCCGCACUUGUGCGAAUAAAAACUUUUAUGAAGAAAAAGAAAAAAAAAGAAAAUGCAGAAAAUUCAAUAAAUAGUUUUUAGAUAUGAAGAAAUAAA